UUCACAAUUUUCAAAACCCACUGACAAAUCGUGUGGGUUUCUCAAUUUUUUUCUUUCUUAAGAUACAAUUCAAUUCAUUACCUCUCUAUAUAAAUGGAUGGUUGCACCAUCCACACAAGCCUUUCCUUAAGAAGCACUAUAUUCUCUUCCUCUCAAUCUUGAAUUUCCUCUUAAUUAACAUGGCCUUGCUGCUGAGAUGGCUUGUUCACUCAGCCUGUCAUGUUUUAGGCUACCGGCCAGAAGAGGGUAAUAACAAGCAUGACCAUGUUGUGGGGCUCCAAGCUGUGACAAAUAAGGUCUUUAUGGAAGAAAAGGAGACUUCUUCAGGUUCAGGGUUCCAAAUGCCUCUUCAUUAUCCAAGGUACACCAAGGUUGAUUAUGAGGAGAUGGAGGAGUGGAAGUUGGAUUUGCUUCUGAGUCAAUAUGGGCUUUGUUUCAAUGGAACCCUUGAAGAGAAAAGGGCCUUCGCAAUGGGUGCAUUCUUAUGGGCCUGACCCAGUGUUCAAUUAAGAUGAUGAUGAGCUUAAUUGGAGGCCCAUAUAUCAUACGAUGCAUCGAGGUUUACACUAUUUGUCACUUCCUAAUUAUUAUUAUUUUUUUCUUCUGGUUUAGUUAAGCUUGGGGGAGAGGGAAGGGUUGGACUUAAGAGUUGUAACAAUGGCAAACAAAUCUGGAAUAGCUAGCGUUUGAUAUAGUUGAUUAAAUUAUUAUCAAUUGUGUUUAAGUGAAGAGAGGGACAAAUAGUGUUUUAUAUAAGUGUAUAAUCAUCAGAUUAAAGAAGUAUAAAUGCCGCCUACAAAGGCCAAAGCUCUUAUCAUUA